AUGGGUUCAUUGCCAUCGGCUCGAGUCAAUCGCCCGUCUCGUGCAUUCAUCGAAUGUGGAGUAGAUUACGCCGGACCCGUCAGGAUCCGCUCGGCAGGCGGACGUGGUCAUCGCGCGCACUUAGCGUACAUCGCAGUAUUUAUAUGUAUGGCGUCUCGUGGGGUGCAUCUUGAAGUUGUUACUGACUACUCGACACAGGCAUUUCUAGCUGCCUUUCAGCGAUUUUAUUCGCGCCGUGGCUUGCCUAAAGUCAUGCACAGCGACUGCGGAACAAAUUUCGAAGGUGCUGAUGGAGAACUGCGCAGAGCGUAUCGCGACGCGAUUCAAUCGAAUGAGCUUCGCGUUCGUGUGGCUGAACAAGGCGUGGAGUGGCAGUUUAUUCCUCCUGCUGCACCUCAUUUCGGUGGGUUGUGGGAGGCAGGGGUACGCUCCAUGAAGCGCCAUCUCAAACGUGUGUUGGAUCCGCACACUCCAACAUAUGAAGAACUGGCAACACUUCUAUGUCGCGUCGAAGCUUGCCUUAAUUCGCGCCCGUUUUCGCCGCUUACAGAGGAUAUUGAGAGUCUUGACGUUAUUACGCCUGCGCAUUUACUUAUCGGUGGUCCACUCAAUUCCGCACCGGCGCCGCUAAGCGUCGACUACUCGAUUAAUUAUCAUAAGCGUUGGCAAUUAUAUCAGCACCUCUUGGAGCGAUUCUGGAUAAGCUGGUCGCGGGACUAUGUAACUUCUUGCCAGCAUCGCUCCAAGUGGGCUUCUCGCACGCCUUCUGUCAAAGUCGGUCAAAUCGCGUUAUUGCGCAAUGAUAAAUUACCCCCCGCUAAAUGGGAUCUCGCCCGUGUUGUUGCGUGUCAUCCGGGACACGACGGUCUAAUUCGAGUGGUCACAGUUCGUACAGCGACGUCCACAUACAAGUGGCCGAUUUCAAAACUUGCACUGCUACCGAUUGACAUUGAAGAGAGUUCGGCUCAUGUCUCCCCGAGGCCAGUGUAA